AUGGGUGCCUCUGAAUGUCAAGAGCAAGGAACAGGCACACAUACACCCAGAUUACCUGCGCCGCCCGAGCCCGAAAAUGACAAAGGAAUCUUCCCUCCCUCCAUCAAGAGUCCCUCGCUGGAGGGCUUGGAAGGAAUCACCCCGGAGAAUGUGGACAUCUUCAAACUCGACGCGGUGGCCGCGUUGAAACUGCUAUGCCGCAGUAUCGACAGCCUUGUCCAAAUGACCGGCGACGUACCUCCCACUCCGCCAGCACGCAGUCGCGGCGCGUCUCCCGUACGCGGCGGCUCGAAACUACGUGAAACGACAACAGCAGACGCCACAACAACGAUGGAGACUCCGAGAAAGGAAAACAUGGCGCUGCGCACAGGUCUACACCCCCAGCAGCAGCAAGAACAACAACAGGAACAUAUCGACGGAGUAUCCAUUGUGAACACGCACAUCGGGUCUCCCGAGGCCCAGGCCCACGAACCCACCACCGUGGAGCAGAUUGUCGGAGCGCACGCGCAGCCCGUGUACAUGCAGCACGGCGCGCUCGCGCGGAAGUUCUACUCGAAACGACCGCCGCCCAUCUCGAUCGAAGACUACCUGAUGCGCAUGCACAAGUACUGUCCGACGUCGACGGCCGUCUAUCUCGCCUCGUCACUGUACAUUACGCGCCUUGCCGUGCAGGAGCAGAUCUUGCCUGUCACGCCGCGCAACGUGCACCGGCUGCUGCUGGCCUGCUUGCGCGUGGCCAUGAAGGCGCUGGAGGAUCUGUCGUGGCCGCACGGCCGGGUCAGCAAGGUCGGCGGGGUCUCCGAGGUCGAGCUGGGCCGGCUGGAGAUCACGUUCUGCUAUCUCACCGACUUCAAUCUGAAGGUCGACGCGGCCAUGUUGCAGCGCGAGGCUGAGAAUCUGUGUCGUCACAAUCGCUUCGAUCAUGCUGUCUUGCUCGAUAGCCCGCUCAGUCCGAUGGACAGGCGCCUUCCGGAAGAGGUAGACAGGAAGGCCAGGACGGCUGAGAAGAGGAAGGCGAGCAGCACCUUGGGUGGCAGACCUGUUGUGCAAGUGGGCACGGGUAUCGAAGUCAUGGGCCAGUCGUGA